AUGAAGAAGACUAUGAUGGUGAAGAUCAAUAGAAGAGCUUCUGCUGUUGUUUCCAUUGCUCACUUUCAGAAAGCACGAGCUCCACCAGGUAUCUCAACUUCUGCUCGAACUUUUCUCCCUCCAAACCCCAACCCUAACCCUAAAUUGAAGUCCCAAUUUCGAUCGCAUUCUGCUGCUUCUGUUACAACAAUUGCUAGUAGUAGCCAUCAGCCUUCUAGUAGUAGCCAUCAGCCUUCUAGGAGUUCCGAUAUCAGCCAUGAAUCUUUCAAGAAGAAAAUUGAUGAUAUUAAUGAGCUGGAAAAUGCUCUGAGCUUGUACAAUGAGAUGGUCCAGAUGAGGCCUCUGCCUAAAGUUAUUCACUUCAAUCAACUGCUGAACCGUAUUGGUAAGAUGAAGCAUUAUUCCUCUGCUGUUUCUGUUUUCAAAGAUAUGUGUGCUUCGGGCAACAUUCUGGUUACCGAGUAUGCCAUAGGUAUCACCAGUAACUGUUACUGCCUCUUGGGUCGUGUAGAUUUUGGCUUUUCUCUGUUAGGCUCCUGCUUCAAGCGUGGUUUGGUACCCAGUUCAGCACUUUAUGGCACUCUACUCGAGGGCCUCUUUAAACAAAAUAGGAUUUCCCAGGCCCAAGAAUUGUUCAAGAAAAUAAUAGACGAAAAACUUUGCCAAACCGAUGUGGUCAUGUUUGGAACAGUAAUUGAUGGGCUUUGUAAGGUGGGGAACACUAGCACUGCCAUUAAAUUUCUCAGGGUAAUGGGAAAUGGCCGAGAUGCUAAUGUUCAACCCAACAAUGUUAUCUACACCACUAUUAUCGAUAGCCUUUGCAAAGAUAAAAAGGUCGAUGAUGCUCUUGCCCUUUUACAUGAGAUGAUUGAAAGGGGUGUUGCCCCCGGUAUUGUCACCUACAAUUGUUUGUUUCAUGGCCUCUGUAAUUUGGGAAGAAUUAAAGAUGUCACAAAUCUUGUGAAUCAGAUGGCUGAUUUUUGUAUUGCUCCUGAUGUUUUUACUUAUAAUACUUUGAUUGCUGCAUUCUCUACAGAAGGUUCUAUGCAAGAUGUAGAAGAUAUAUUCCAGAUCAUGAUUCAGAAAGGUGAAAAUCCUGAUAUUGUUACGUACAAUGCAAUGAUGGAUGGAUACUGUUUGCAUGGUCAAAUGGAUAAAGCAAGGAAUGUUUUUGAGACCAUGCUUAGUAGGGGCAUUGGUCCUAAUAUUCUGAGCUACAGUAUACUAAUGAAUGGGUAUUUCAAAAAGAAUGAAAACGACGAGGCUAUGCAUCUCCUCAGAGAAAUUCCACAAAGAGGUUUGAGGCCUAAUAUCAGUAUCUAUAAUAUUGUCUUGCAGGGUUUAUUUAGGAUGGGAAGGUAUGGUUCUGCAAGGAAAGUACUCAUUGAGAUGCAAGCUGCUGAUGUAAAUCCUGAUUUUCAUACGCGCUGUAUAAUGCUGGAUGGCUUAUGCAAGGGUGGAAAUAUGGACGAAGCACUGCAAUUCUUGCAUGACAUGGAAGUUGAUGGAUCUGCACUUCAUGUGUGCAUGUACAACAUCAUUCUUCGAGGAUUGGGCAAAAGUGGGUGCCUUGACUGUGCUCGGGAUCUUUUCAAUAUUCUUCCUCUGAAAGGGAUCGAACCUAAUGUUGCAACAUAUAAUACAAUGAUAACUACUCUUUGUCUAAAAGGUAGGCUAGAGGAAGCUAAAGAGAUUUUUGUGAAAAUGGAAGAGAAUGGUUGUUCGGCUGAUGGAAUAACGUUCAAUUUUAUUGCUCAAGGACUUCUUAGGAGAGGUGAUUAUGAAGAUGCACUGAGAUUUCUUGAGGAAAUGGAUACAAGGGGAUUUUCAAUGGUUCCAUAUACUUUGUCAAUUAUAAUAGGUUUGCUGCAAGUGAAAGAAAAAGAUCCUUGUCUUUUGAAGAUAAUUCAAAAGUUUGGACCUGAUGGGUUGUAG